CAUUAAAGCACGUUUACGGCCUGCAGACAUACUGAGGGAGCCAGCCAGGCGCUUGCUGUACUCGUCUUACAUGAUCCCAGAGAAUAAGUACCUGAUCCCAGAGGAUAAGUACCUGAACCCAGAGAAUAAGUACCUGAACCCAGAGAAUAAGUACCUGAUCCCAGAGAAUAAGUGGAGUAAGACACCUGAAAGGCUUCGAUGGAGAGCAGCCAGAACCAGGAGGCAGAGGACGGCUCGGACCUGUGCUUCCAGAGAACUCCGUCUCUCAGACGCAAAUGGAGGAAACGUUAUGGUGGUCUGGACGGCAACAAACUGCUGGAGCCCAAUAAAGACCCAGACAUGAGAGAAGAUGGAGGGAUGACAGACGAGAGCCAACAGAGGAUCGCUGAGAACCAGGAUACAGCCCCCCGUCCAGCACCACGGAGCCUGAUCCAGAACCCAAUCCAGAGUCUGGUCCAGAACCCGGUCCAGAGCCUGAUCCAGAAGCCGGUCCAGAACCCAGUCCAGAGUCUGGUCCAGAAGCCCGUCAGCCUGGUCAGUCCCGGACCUGCAGUGGUCUCAGUGUCGGCCGGUAACGGCUGCCUGAAGCCCCCCCUCCCCCAGGCUGUGGUCCAGCCGGAGGACAGAGGCUGCCCCCCCGCCCAGCCCUGGUUCCCCCCCCAGCAGAGUCCGUCCAAACGGAGAGGGGCAGCUGAUAUCUUGUUUGACAGCUUCGCUUCAGACGGGAGAAUUAACAUCAACCAGUUCUUUGAGGCGAUCUGGAGCUCCGGGCUGCACAGGUCCGACCCUCGGCUCAGAGAAUGUUUCUUCCAUCUGAGAAAACUGCAGGACGCUGAAGGAUCAGUGGACAGGAGCACCUUCCACAGGUGCGUGACCGGGUUCGUGUCUCUGAUCCUGAAAUCUCUGCAGGGACGAUUCGUCAUUCCAGAUUUUUCCACCUUCACUGAAGAAACUCAGAAGCUGUUUUCCAGGUGUCGUCAGCUGUCGUCUGUCCAGGAGAAAGAGAGCAUGGACAGCAGUAAGUGGGGCGUCUCCAUCUGCACUGUGGACGGACAGAGGUUGUCUCUGGGCGACUGGGCCGGCUCUCAGCUUCUGGCCGAGAUGUCAUGGCCGCUGGUGUACGGCGUGGCGGUGGACCUGCUGGGCUCUGACCUCAUCCACAGAUACGUUGCCGUGGAGACGUACUCCAGUCACAGCUCUCCGUUCACACUCACUAAAACAGGAAUCCCUCACAGCCCGCUCACUGAAACAGGAGCCAUCGUUACUUCAUCUUUACUGCAGCUGGCGGGGCGCCUGUGUGCAGAGGAAGAGGAGAAGUAUGACUCAGUGUUGAACGUCAUCCGAAGGCUCUGCAACAAGGAGCACGCCAACUUAAACUGCACCAGCUAUCAGAGCAGCAGGAAGACCAGUGUCAGACUCCACGCUCUGUCCUUCUACCUGCAGGAGAAAAAGUGUUUUCCAGAGAAGGUGGACAUUAACGCUGCUUUGGAUCUAAUGAUGCAGUGCGCCUCCACGGAGAUCACCUGUGAAUCUGGCGCCGUCAUGGCCGCCUCGCUGGCCAAUGGCGGCCUCUGUCCUCUGUCAGGUGACCAGGUGCUGUCGCCGGCGGCGACGCGCUGCAUGCUGUCAGUGAUGCAGGUGGCCGGGAUGAAGGAUUACUCCUCCACCUUCCACUUUAAGGUCAGUUAUUCAGCAGCUACAGUUACAUAGCAGGGUAGUUUCCUGGGUGAAAGCAUUACAGUUAUGUUAGCAGUUUUAGCCUUGAUGGCGUUCUCUCAGGAGACGGACGCCUGCGGAAACCCCUGGAGGGCCGUCCACUUCUGCCAGGAGCUGAUUUCCACAUUCCAGUUGCACAGUUUUGACAUCCGGACUCCGUUCAGACAGAUCCUGGCCUACAGGCAGUGGAAGGCUGAAUCUGAGGGAUACCAGAUCAUGAACGUCCUGCUGGCAGCGUUUAAAGGAGACGUCCAGACCCUGAGGAGGUACUUCCUGUCUGGAGUGGACGUGAACGCCAUCGACUACGACGGCCGGUCGGCUCUGCACGUGGCGGCCGCCGAAGGUCACGUCGAGGUCAUCCGCUUCCUGCUGCAGAACACGGGAGCUAAUGCUGUCCUCAAGGACAGGUGAGAACACACACACACACACAC